AUGGCUCGCAUCACGCUCUUCAACACCAUCUUGGCCACCUUUGCCCUCAUCAGCCUUGGCGCUUCCGCCGGACCCACGCCCCGCUCCACCCCCGCUCUGCCCGUCAACCUGGACAAGGAGGGCAAGCCAAUCCAAUUCAUCAACUCGGUCAUCGGCGAUGACGAGGACGAGGACUACACUCCGGGCGAACUGGAACAGCGUUCUCUCCUCCGUCGUGGAAAGGACGACGAUAAAGAUUCCUCUCAUGAAUCCUCGGCCCUAUCCCGCAAGCUUUUCACGCAUGAUCAUGAGAAAGACGACAAGUCCUGGUCUGGCAACUUCAAGGUCACCUGGAACUUCUCUCCCGACUUUCUCAGCCCGCAAUGCGGCGAUGAUGGAGAAAAGUGGCACCCGAAGGAUAGCUCUCACGUCGGUACGGUGAUGAAAAAGUGGGAUGAUGGACCCAAGUGCGGAGAGUUUGUGAAGUUGUGCUACGGAUAUCACAAUCACUGCGUGGUGGUAAGGGUGUUUAACACGUGCACAGAGUGUACGGAGGAUCAUAUUAAUUUGUCCAAGUCAGCGUUUAAGAAGCUGAGCCCCAGUGGGACGUUGAAGGAGGGUAGUCUUGACGGAUUGAAGAUGUAUAAGACCAAGCAGCCCUCCCCUUGGGACUUGGGGCUUUUUGGGCCUUUGAAGCUGUAA